GUAAUUCUGAAUAACAAGUUUAAGUGUAAAUAGUAAUAAAUAAAUACGAGUGUUGAUUUGAAUCCGUGUUUAAUAUUUAUUAUUGGUAAAUUGUUGUGUUUGUGUUUUCUCAUUUUUGUUGCCGUUGUUUCGACUUUGAUUUGUUCGAGCCAAGUUAAUUCUUAAAGGAUCAUCGUCAUCAUGGGCGAUAUGUGGCGCAGCAAACUCCCUUCAGGCUCUGGUCAGGCAUCAGGAGGUGCCAUUAGACGGGUGGUGAGAAGCCAUGAGGUUUCUAGUUCCUCGGAGUCGACGUGUCCUUGCCUCCAGCUGGUGUUCGUUCUGUGGGUCGCGGAAUUUCUUUCGCCUGGCAGGAUGAGGAGCAAGCUUGUGCAGCUCGCCCCGGCACAGGUGUGGAUCGUGGAGCUUGCUCAGCGGAAAGUCGUGAGUUUUUGGAGAGCCAGUACGCUGUUGAGGAAUUGGACUCAAUUGUGAUGGACCAAGAGGAUGAUCCGGUUUUGGUCAACGAGGGAACUAAAAAACAUAAGGCUUGUGGUCGUGAGGAACCAGAGGUUCAGGUCCGACCACGGGAGCCAAAUGUAAUGGUGGUUCCUCGUCCAGCGGACCGAUUCAGGGAGGAGGCUAGGCUCGCACGGCCUAUGUUGACUGUGGGACGGAUUUUCUGUCGGUUGGACCGCAUUCCGACGGACCCGGAUUUGGAUCCUCCUAUGGGGGCAUGCUUCAAUUGCUGGAGUAUGUCCCACAAAUUGGCUUACUGUCCGGAGCCAAUUGACAUUUUCUGCCGGAAUUGUGGCCGAUUUGGGGUCAUGAUGGAGGAUUGCCCACGCUGUGCACGAGCUUACCGUUUGUGGAUGAAGCGUUCGGGUUCAUCAGUGUCAUUGGAGAGAUCUGACCAGUCGGAGUCAAGUAGAAGAGGUCAAGGGACUAAGGGCGGCAAUAAGGGAGCCGUCUAUCACAAAAAAGUGGCAUCAGUGGUCGUUCGGGCUGAGGUUGAUGAACCGGGGCAACUUGCUCCAGUUCAGAUGGCUGAAAGGUUGCCAUUGGUUGGCUCAGCGGUUGAACCGUCGGCUGAUGAGGUGGUUCCAGAUCCAGUGCCUUCGGCCACUGGGUUGAUGGACGAUUUGAGGUUGCUGGAGGCAUCUUUGGUUGGCCUCCCGCAGGAAUUGGCGAUUGCGGCUCGCACUGCUUUUUGGCAGGAUCGCCAACGAAGAGGUUUCCCAUAGAAUGGGGGCCCCAGUAUUUUGAAAAAAAAGAGUUUAUUUUGGUUUUUUUUUAUUAUUUUUGGUUUUUCAUUAUUCUUUAAUUUAAUUUGAUUUUUCUGGUUAAGUGUUAACUAGUUUUUGAAUAAAUAUAUUUAGUUUCAUUCUUUGAAUUGGUAGUUUUUCUUUUGUUUAUUUUGGGUUUAAUCGGCAACAAUUUUUGGAUUAUUGUUGGCCUAGGAGAGGGGAUUGUAACGAAGCAUUUCGUUAUGAUUUUCCUUUUUGGUUAUUUACGUUUAAUAUUCAUUUUGAAUAUUCGCGGGUCUUUUGUGAUUGGGCCGGAGGUUUUGGGUUUCGUCGUGUGCGGUGGUUCCAGCGUCCAAUGGGUGAAGCGGUUUAGGAGUUCGUCUGUUGGAUCUUCGAGGAAGCGUCGCGAGAGGAAGCCGGCCGGCAUCAUUACCAUAAUUAAUUGCUUUCGAGUCAGUUCGUUAUAAGUUUGUAAAGUAUAGUCAAUUAAUUAUCUUUGCCGUAAUUCUGAAUAACAAGUUUAAGUGUAAAUAGUAAUAAAUAAAUACGAGUGUUGAUUUGAA